AAUAGCCUCACAUUCUUUUCACAUUUUGGUCGCAAUCACCCCGUCUGCAUUGGGAAAGUUGAUUUGUUUUAGGGCCGCUCGCUUCAGCUUGGAGAUGCAUCAACAAAGCCCAUCAUCAAUAUCCUCCUGACAUCUCCGAACGUUAGCCCUGGCAUUUGCUUCCCUCCCCCUGAUCGCCCGUAGACACGGCAAACACCACGACUUGCACCGCGCCAUUGAACAACUGCCACUCCCAUCAACCGACACUUUCCCCACGCAAUGAUCUGAUGACUGCACGAGAACGAACCCCAAAGCAUUUGAAGUAGAAGUUUGGCACUCCUUGGACGCCCAUCUACAUCUACGUCGACAUAGACAUCCACUUUAUCUACCGGCCGCCCCGCAGCGCAACAGGCGAUCACUUAUAUUGACCAUCCUAGUGCGCAUCGCCAGCUGCACCUGCAUUUGCACCUGCACGCGCAAACGGCACUCGAAAUGGACGCCAGUUACCUUUCCAAGCAGGUCAACACCAUUAUUGGCCAGCUGCAUGGGCUCUUUGACGAGAUUGGUGUGCCCAACCAUGAUCGCGAAACCCGGGAGGCAGAGCUGUUCUCAGCUCUGUCCGAGACCUUAAACAACCAAGUCAAGCAUGUCGCCGAAGAGAAGAAGGACCUGCUCGACGAGGCAAACCGCAUCAUCACCGCCAUUCGUCAGAUGGAACAGUCACUGGACGACACCAAGUCACAGCGCAACCAUCGGUCCGACAACGACACCCUCAAGAUCACUUUUCCUCUUACACGAUGCCUGACUACCCUGAAGGAGAAGCAUAUUCAAAUCAGCAGGCUGCACCGCGAACGCUUCGAGCAAGUCAAGAAACUUGUCCUAGCGCUCGAGUCGUAUUCAUCACAUCUCGAGCCCACCUUCGUCAAGAUCGCUCUUCCUCCGACGGGACCCAACCAGUCGCUUCCUCCCACUUUCGAUCUCUCGCCAUCAUAUGUAGACAGACUGGAUGACGAAUUUACAAGGGUAUAUGAGGAGUACACCCGACGAAUCGCCACCGUCAAGGCCUUCUCCGAGCACAUCAUUUCCCUCUGGGCUGAGCUCGGAACUCCCCAAGCUCAGACUGACGCCGCCAUCGUCAAGUACUACCGCGACUCGCCCGAACAGCUUGGCUUGCACGAGGAGGAUCUCGCCAGGCUCAGGGGCAAGAGAGACAGGUUGGUCGACGAGAAGAAGAAUCGAGAGAAGCGGCUCAGGGACCUGAAGACCGCCGUGGAGGCACUCUGGGUGAAGCUCGGCGUUGAUGAAUCAGAAUCCAAGUCCUUCUUGAACAGCAACCGGGGCUGUGGUGUGCGGCAGAUUAACGAGUUCGAGGACGAAUUGGCCCGGCUGAACGACUUGAAGCGACAAAAUCUCCACCUGUUUGUAGAGGAUGCUCGCGACAAGCUGCAAGGCCUCUGGGACGCGCUCUAUUUCUCUGAAGACGAGAUGCUCGACUUCACCCCCGCCUUCUCAGACGUCUACAGUGAUGCCUUGCUCGAGGCGCACGACCGCGAGAUUGCUCGAUUGGAAGCACUAAGGGAGCAACGUGCACCAACAUUGGCGCUGGUCGAAAAACACCGUUCCCUCAUACAGGAGCGCGAUGACCUGCAAGCCUCAAGUCAGGAUGCUUCGCGUCUUAUGAUGCGUGGCCAAAAGGGUGAGAAGCGCGAUCCCGGUAAGCUUCUCAGAGAAGAGAAGAUGCGUAAGCGGAUAACAAAAGAAUUGCCCAAGGUGGCAGCGGAGCUUCGCAAGGCCCUUGAGAGAUGGGAGGAUGAAUAUGGCCGACCAUUUUUGGUUCACGGCGACAGAUACCUCGACAUUUUAGAGGAGAGCGAGACUAGAUCCGCACCUCCGAGAUCCAAAACACCUGCUGGUCCUCCCCCGUCUACGACCAAGAAACCUUCUACGCUGAGCAGGACAGACAGCACCGUGAGCAGGACAGACAGUACAUUGAGCAGGACAGACAGUACCUUGAGCAGGGCAAACAGUGUUGUCAGCCGAACCGGAACCCUCUCGAGGCCCAAGACUCCAGCUCCCACCAUCAAUGGUACGGGUACGCUCAAGAGGGGUCAGAUACCGGUCCAAGUGACAAAUGGAAGCGCAAGUCCUUCGAGACUGCCGCAACGCGCACCCCUUUCGAAUCUCAAGCAUGGUAAUAACUCUCCUGAAAGGGCCAGGCCAGAGUCUCGCGCCGCUGGAGGUGGCACAAUGCGUGGUGCACCUGCCUUGAUGCGAGCCCCCCCUCCCAAGAUGAGAGAGCUUGCGCCGGCACCACAGUUGGAAACACCGGUCAAUCCUUAUAAGGGUACUGGCUUAGGAUCCAGCGCAUUCGUCCGGCCUAUAGAGCCAGAAGACGUAUAUGAUGAUCAAUAUUCAGACCAGACACACAGUCGUCAAUACAGCAACGAGUCCUACGACUCGCGCGCAUCGGUACGCCAAGUAGGACGUCCUGGCUAUCCACAAGCGCCCCCACCAAGACAAAUAUCUAACACAUCAACGGCUGUUUCUGGCUCUGAGAACUGGGAGACGUACGACGAUGUCUCAGAACCUGAGGAAGAUGUCUCGGAUGCAUAUUAUGCCAAAGUGCGCGCCGCACGAAACAAGCGCUUCACUCCUGAAGAUCCAUACUCGCGCCUGCAGUCUAGCCAGACCAAGCGCAUGAGAGCAAUCCCACCGGCAAUGGGUGCCGGCACGGUGGACAUGGAAGGAAACCGAAUGAUUUCCGGAAGUGAGUGGACUGAUGAGGAUGCUUUCUAAACGCUCUUUCCGAACAAGAUAUUUUCUGGAUGAAUCAUGAAUUUCAGGAUGUCAUGUUUGACGCAUUCCCACGUGUUUAAUUCGU